UCUGGCAACCUCCGCGAGUAAUCGUACACGCACGUGUCGUGACGUUGCACGGGAAAAAAAACACAAGUUACAACUGACGUGUCCUAAUAAGAGACAACGUGGCAACGCGACAGUGUUUAGAGUCCCCCCCCCGUCCUCGUGCCGUUCUCACUUCGCUUCCCCGCACAUUUUCUCGUCUCGUCGCGAUGUAAGGAGAAGAAAGGUGGAGGAUCGGAAUUUAACAUUGCGAACUGUCAUUUCCACAUUUCGUUCUCCCCUUCGUUAAUCUCGGUAACUCCGCGGGCGAAAGGUUAUGGGAUCCGCGAUGAUCGCGUCGUCAACGUCGGCCAGCGUGAGUGCCGAUUAAAAAAAACGUUCGCCCGUUCGCCGCCGAACGAAUUGUCAUCGUCGUCGACGCGUCCCGACGUCGCGGCGCCCGUCCAUUCGUCCGCGAUAUGCGGUGACGAGCGGAGAGCCUAACCUUAAUACGGCGAUAACCUUGAAAAAAUCAUCCAGCGGUCCCCCGCGAACGUGGCACGAGAGCGUGAACAUUCGCUGGCUCGCUCGUCGUAUGGAUGUCAAUAUGAGGAGGAAACUGGAAAAGGAAGACCGCUCGGCGGAGGAUGGCGCCGUCGACUCGAGCAGCGUCCAGGAGCCCUCUGAUCUGCGCGGGGACGAGAAGAACAUCGCGAUCCUGUUCUUCCUCUACCUGCUGCAGGGUAUCCCGUUGGGAUUGUGCGGCUCGAUCCCCAUGCUCUUGCAGAACAGAAGGGUUUCCUAUCGGCAACAGGCAGAAUUUAGUUUCGUACAAUGGCCGUUCUCGUUGAAGCUCUUCUGGGCGCCCUUAGUAGAUUCCAUUUUUUUGCAACAAUUUGGAAGGAGAAAAACUUGGUUGAUUCCCACCCAGUACUUGAUGGGUAUGUUUAUGCUCCUUCUGUCGAAUUACGUGGAUCCCUGGUUGGGUAAGGAGCAUGAGAAGCCCAAUAUCGAAAUGUUGACCGCAUUGUUCUUCUUCUUGAACGUACUCGCCGCGACUCAGGACAUCGUAGUAGAUGGCUGGGCGCUUACAAUGCUUAAGAGGUGCAACGUUGGAUAUGCGUCUACCUGCAACAGCGUCGGCCAAACGGCGGGCUACUUCAUUGGCUAUGUCUUAUUUAUUUCGUUGGAGUCCGCUGAAUUUUGUAAUAGUUACUUAAGGUCUACUCCUUCUGAUGAGGGCAUAUUAACUCUGCCUGGAUUUUUAUACUUCUGGGGCUGGACGUUUAUUGUCACGACAACGUUUAUUGCAUUGUUCAAGCACGAAGAUAAAGGCAGAAUUUCCAGAGGCGAAGAAUUAAAUAUGGAUAUUAAGCACGCAUACAAACUGCUGUGGGACAUAGUUAAAUUACCGGCUAUAAAGACCACGAUUAUAUUUCUCUUAACUGCAAAGAUCGGAUUUUCAGCCUGUGAUGCUGUGACCAGCUUAAAGCUUAUAGAAGCCGGUUUUCCCAAAGAGAAAUUUGCUUUCAUGGCCGUGCCCAUGAUACCGUUGCAAAUAAUUUUGCCACUAAUAAUCUCGAAAUAUACCGCUGGGCCCAGACCUAUGGAUGUUUACAUGAAAGCUAUGCCUUACAGGCUGGCUUUCGGCUUAAUAGCGGCGCUUUUGGUGUGGUUUACACCGCUCGUUGUAAUGAAUGGACAUGUUCCAGCCUAUUAUUUUGUGGUAUUGAUAGGCCUCUACUUUAUACACCAGAUUUCCGCGAGUAGUAUGUUCGUGGCGUCAAUGGCUUUCUUCGCGAAGGUAAGCGAUCCGGCAGUUGGUGGUACUUACAUGACUCUACUGAAUACUUUGUGCAAUCUUGGUGGAAAUUGGCCUGCCACGGCCGCGCUCUGGUUUGUCGAUCCAUUAACAUUUAGAAAAUGCAGUACCGAUUAUGCAAAUGACUGUAGCACAAUUACGGAGAGAGAGCUCUGCGCUAAUACCAACAAUGGUACUUGUACUAUGCAGCUCGACGGUUAUUACAUAGAGAGCAUCCUCUGCCUAAUCAUAGGUUUCUCCUGGCUCAGGUGGGGUCGUAGAAAAAUUAAUAUAUUACAGGCGAAACCGAUGUCCGCUUGGAAAAUCAUACUUACCCGUAACAACAGAUAUUUCAUAGAAGUUUUGUAAAAACAGAUGAAGAACAUGUGUGUGACGAGCGUGUUCGCAGUUUCUACUGUAAAUAUAUUUAAAAAUAUUUUACGCAUAACGAACGCAUGACAAAGCAUUUAACGCAGGAUGUUAAUAAAAGUUUUUCAUAUAAAAGGUUGGA